AUGUCACAAGAUUAUAGAGGAGAUCUGAAGUGGCGCUCAGGACUGAUUGUCAGCAAGACAGGUCCACUGACGUACGAGGUGCAGGUGGCACCAGGGAUUAUUUGGCGUCGACAUAUCGACCAGUUGAAGCCAACGGCAGUUGAGCACACAGUUGAGGUCACUGACACCGACACUGUUGAGGUCAGCCAACCCGAAGUGGCCAGCACACCACCAGCGCCAAUCCAACUGAGUGCUCCACCCAAUCUGGCUGGUACAGUUCCAGAGAUUCCCGUAGCAGAUCAACCAGAGAUGGUUCCUCUUCCCAGACCAAUAGUUUCCGACCCUUCUGAAGCGACUCCGGUCAGUCCUACCGUCCGUGAGCGGCGGUACCCUCAGAGAGUGCGCAGGGCACCACAGAGACUCGACCUCUGA